AUGGACACCACCCCACCAUUAAAUUUUUACCACCACACCCCUGUACCACCACCACCUCACUCCUCUACGACUACCAAAACUUCACCACCACACACCUCUACAACCACCCAUCCCUACACCACCACCUCACCAGUCACCACCACACUCCCAUACCACCGAAACUUUACCACCACACUCUUCUACCACCCCCAUACUAACACCACACCCCUACCACCACCACCACCACUUCACCAAAACCUUUCUACCACCCCUUCUACUACCAUCCUCACCACCACCACCGAAACUUCACCACCACACCCUUCUACCACCCCUAUAUUACCACCACCACCACCACACCUCCCUACUACCACCACGACACCCCUACCACCACCCCCUACCACCGCCACCACCACCACCACCACCACCACGUGGGAGGGUCUGCUUCGCUUUUCCUUUAAAGUCGCGGCGGCGACGCCAUAG